UAUGUGCCACAAAAAGCCUGGCUGUUGAAUGAAUCAAUAAGGAAAAACAUUCUAUUUGGUCUGUCGUGGGACAAGGAACGAUACGAAAGUAUCAUCAAUGCCUGUUCUCUGCAGACUGAUUUCAAUACGUUCGUCAAUGGAGAUAGCACCGAAAUUGGAGAGAAGGGGGCAAAUUUAAGUGGAGGUCAGAAGCAAAGAAUUGCGUUGGCUCGCGCUCUGUACCAAGAUGCUGAUGUAUAUUUGCUGGAUGAUUCACUGUCAGCAUUGGAUCCACAUGUUUCAUCAUUUGUUUUUAGGGAGGCCAUUCUAAAACAGCUCAUCAAUAGGAAUAAAACUGUUGUAUUCGUUUCACAUAAUACAAAUCUGCUGAACCAUUCUCAUAAGGUCGUUGUGUUAUCAAUGGGAAGAAUUUUUUACCAGGGUAGAUUUGAAAGUUGUUCGAAGGAGGCUUUAGAACUGUACCAUCACUUGCGGAGAUCGUUGUCGAAACCGCACGAAUCAGUCCUGUCACUGAUGAGUCUCAAUUCUUUGAACAUGUACACGCAGCAAGAAACAAAUGUCAUUGAUGAUUCGUAUAGAUCAAGUGAGUGCACCACGCAACGGUCUUCUUCAUUAUUUUCCUGGUAUUUUAAUGCAUUGGUAGAUGAAGUCACGCAACUAAUGACUGAAGAAGAGAGGCAGAUAGGCGCCACCCCACUUCGAUUCCUCCUCCAGUACCUCAAAUACGCCAAUAUCAGUCUCGUUGUUUUUGUUGUACUCCUCUAUGCUGUUAAACAAGCCGUUAGAAUGGCGGCCGAUUAUUACCUCGGUUUACUCAUAGAACAUUCAUAUGUUCGUUAUUUGUUUGAUUUAUAUCUCCACAAAACAUUGAUAUAUUGCUCGAUAUCCUUGCUCUCUGUUAUUUUAAUUCCUGUAUCCGUGAUCGUUAUUGAGUUGCUAUGCUUAUCUGCCUCAAGAAAUAUCCACAACCAGAUUCUGCUGUCGCUUUCAAGCGCCACUAUGAGAUUUUUUGACACAACUCCACUUGGAAGAAUAUUGAACAGACUGUCAGCCGAUCUGCACGUUAUUGACCUGGUAAUGAACUCUCAUUUGGACUGCUUCUUAUUCCUAAUAAUGUUUGUCUUGGGUGGCAUAUUGAUAAACGGUUGUUUCAAUCCAGCAUUCCUUCUGCCCAUUUUACCUAUCAUCAUAGUAGCUGUUGUUGUACAGAGAUUCUACAUUGCAUCGUGCAGGGAGCUACAGAGACUUGAAUGCAUCAGCAAAUCAAAAAUUUUGUCACAUUUUACCCAAGUGCUUGCUGGCGGACCUGUUAUUAGGACAAGCAGACAGCAAAAGAGAUUUGAAAUUGAGAAUAAGGAGCUGAUCAAUGAAAACAAUCUUCCACUCUACUUCUACCAUGCCACACACGUUUGGGUUGGCAUAAGAUUGGAUUUGUUAGGUGCCCUUAUGGUUCUCUGCUCAUGUCUGUGCGCAUUAUUUUCAUGUUACUAUGGCUACUUGGAUGUUAAUUCAGCUGGUUUUGUGAUGCUAUAUGCAUGCACUAGUUGUUUCUUUGUGCAAUGGGCACUAAAGUACAUGUCUGAUAUUGAGAUGUUCGGCGGAAACGUGCAGAGACUGGUUCAGUAUUGCAACUUGACACCUGAACAUGAUUGCAAUGAUCCAGUGUCGGUGGCGUCAGAUUGGCCAUCUCGAGGUAACGUGAUGUUUCAACAGGUCAGUCUGUCGUAUGAUAGAAGUUUAGAUCCAGUUGUAACCAAUGUUGAUCUCAAUAUCAAGGCGGGACAAAAGGUCGGUAUAUGUGGCAGAACAGGCAGUGGAAAAUCAACAUUAACACUUGGCAUCUUCAGAUUGGUUGAAAUUGUAGAAGGAGACAUACUUUUAGAUGAUUUAAAUUCUAAAAACAUUCCACUCGAUAUAUUGAGAUCUAGAUUGUCGAUAAUUCCCCAAGAUCCUGUCGUAUUUACUGGGUCAGUGAGGUUCAAUUUAGAUCCUUACCAUUUUAAAAGUGAUCAUGAACUUUGGAGAGUGCUUGAAGUUUCUCAGCUGAGAAAAUUAAUUAGCAAUUUGCCACACCAACUAGACACAAUGCUUACAGAUGGCGGAAGCAGCUUAAGUAUUGGAGAAAAACAGCUGUUGUGCUUGGCCCGAGCCCUGGUAAGAAACAGUAGUAUUCUAGUGAUGGAUGAAGCAACGGCAUCCGUUGACAAGCACACUGACCGAGUCAUUCAAAAUAUCAUCGCAGACCAAUUCAAAGACAAAACUGUCAUCACCAUUGCUCACCGUAUCUCCACCAUAAUGGACUCGGACGUCGUGGUAGUGAUGUCAGGUGGCCAGAUAAUCGAAGUUGGUAAUCCUAGCGAGCUAGCAAGCACCCAAUCAACAAAUUUCGCAAACUUCGUCUGUGACAGAUGA